GUCACACCACCCCACUCAAAUAUGAUAUGUAUCAAUUUCAUAAAGGAAGUCAAAGCCUUGACAAUACAACAGCUGAGCAAGGCUGGCAAGGAUAGGACAUUUUGGAGGGUGUUCCUUCGUGAGGUAGCCAUAAAUCAGAGACGACAGCACUUAACAACAGAACCUUUUGGUGUACACAAGAUACUCAACACUGCAAAGGUUCAACGUAUUUUUAUUGGCGUACAAAAGUGAGGCAAACAAACUCACUUGUUGGUCGUGUAAGUAUUCAUUCCCUUUGCUGUGACAUUCCUAAGUAAACUCUCUGCAAUCCACUGCCUCCAGAAGCCACCUAAGUAGCUGUAUUGAGUCUAUGUGCAUGCAGUUCCCAUGCCAUAUGAUCUCAGAUGAAAUGCACUUGUUUUUAGAAGCCCCCAUAGUGUUUUGGAGAGCAAAUCUAAGCAAAUAGCUUCAUGACAACCGAGGAGUUAUCAAAACAGCUUUGAGAUGAAGAUGCUCAGAAGCACCAAUCUGGAUUGAGAUUUUUUUUAAAAUUCCCGAAGUGUAACCAUCCUCCAGAGCACUGUUAAUUCCAUUAUUACAAAACAGAAAGAAUGUGGUUCCAACUGCCAUUCUGCCUAGAAAAAAACUUGUUUACUGGGUAAGGAGGGCAUUAGCCAGAGAAACAAUCAAGAGGCCAAAGAAGCUGGAGACCUCUGCUGCUGAGAUGCGAGACAUAAUCUUUGGGAAAGCAAUCGCCUGGUUGUUCUACAAAGUUAGCCUUUAUGGAAGAGUGGUGAGAAGGAAGCCAUUGCUGAAACAAACUCAUAUCAAAGGCCAGGGUAGAAGGCCUCCAUCUGUGCCAGUACAGCAGAAUGACCUGCACUACGUAGGCUAAAAAAUUUGUCCAGGAAGAUCUGGAGGGUGGGAGGAUCGUCAAGCAAAAGUUACCUUUGCUGCUCUUGCUGCCCUGCAUUGGAUGAUACCUCCAAGUUCAGGUGUUUUGAUCACUGAGAGGAUAAUGGAUUUUUUUCCUUGAUUAAAAAAGGCAGCAUGAGCGGUUGGAAUACAUUGGUGGGUUGCAACAUGAAUAUCAGGGCACCUGAAUCCUCUGAAAAUAUCAGUGCAAAGGGCAGAAAGAAAUCCUUGCCUGGAAGCAGCCUCAGGGAGUACAAGCAGGGCGUUCAACAAGGUGAUCCAAAAAAGAUAACUUGUGGAAAAACCUGUUUAGAAGAAAGGGACAAUCAGUGGCUUGGCGUGAGCAUAUCAAGGCAGCCGGGAGAAAAUGGAUCUCUGGUUGCCUGUGGACAUCGUUGGAAAAAUGUAUUUUAUAUCUCAGAGAACAAAUUUCCUAAUGGGAUUUGUUAUGAUAUACCUUCUGAUUUUCGAACCUUGUUGAGUAGACAGAUAUCUCCUUGCUAUAAGGAUUACUGGAGAAAAUAUGGAGAAAAAUAUGGAUCAUGCCAGGCAGGGAUAGCAACAGCUUACACAAAGGAUUUAAUUAUUAUGGGAGCACCAGGAUCAGAUUAUUGGACUGGAUCCAUCUUUGUAUACGAUAAAACAAAAAAUAUCUACAUUUCAUAUGUGGAUUCAGAUAACCGAGUCAAGUCUGGGAGCUAUCUGGGUUAUGCUGUUGGAGCUGGUCAUUUCCUCUCUCCGAAUAGUAUAGAAGUAAUUGGAGGUGCUCCACAGCAGGAGCAGACUGGUAAAGCAUACAUUUUAAGAAUUGAAUCCAGAAAACUAUCCAUUUUGACUGAAGUCAAGGGCAAAAAGCUUGGUUCUUAUUUUGGAGCUACAGUCUGUGCUGCGGAUCUCAAUGGAGAUGGCUUCUCAGACUUGCUAGUAGGAGCACCGAUGGACAGUAAGGUCAGAGAAGAAGGAAGGGUUUAUGUUUACAUCAACUCGGGCUCUGAAGCAAAAAUGAUCGAGCUGGAAACAGCCUUGGCUGGGAGUGAUUUAUAUGCUGCAAGGUUUGGAGAGUCCAUUGCCAAUUUAGGAGACAUUGAUAAUGAUGGCUUUGAAGAUGUAGCCAUUGGUGCUCCACAUGAAAAUGAUUUAGAAGGAGCAAUUUACAUAUACAAUGGCAGGAAAGAUGGGAUAUCAGCAACCUUUUCACAAAGAAUACAAGGACAUCAAUUAAGCAGUACCUUACGGAUGUUUGGCCAGUCCAUAGCUGGGAGAAUUGAUGUCGAUAACAAUGGCUAUGCAGAUGUAGCAGUUGGCGCUUUUCUGUCGGAUUCUGCGGUGCUGCUGAGGACAAGGGCAGUAGUCAUAGCUGAUGCAUCACUAAAACACCCCAGUUCAGUAAAUCGAACCAUUUUGGACUGUGUAGCAAACGGACAACCUGCUGUGUGCAUGAAUCUGAUGCUUUGUCUUAACUAUAGUGGCCACACAGUUCCGGGUUAUCUUGUAUUUCUUUACGACCUAAGCCUGGAUGUGAGCAGGAGGGCAGAUACUGCAGCGAGAUUUUAUUUUGCCUCUAAUGGGAGCUCUGCAACAACCUCGGGAAGCAUCAGGAUUUACAACAGCAACAAUGCUACUUGCGCAACCCACCAAGCCUUCCUGAGGAAAGAUGUCAGGGAUAUCCUUACCCCUGUACAUGUUGAAGCCACCUAUCGCCUCGGACAUCAUAUUUUGGAGACAAAAAAUACGGACGAACUCCCUCCACUCCAACCAGUUCUUCAACAGCGAAAAGAAAGUGAAAUUAUACGCAGCAAGUUCAUGUUUGCAAGAUUUUGCUCUCAAGAAAACUGUUCUGCCAAUUUGCUACUUUCUGGGAAACUCGCAUUUCCAGCGCCCCAUGAAAAGAAAACUUACCUUGCAGUGGGAAAUAUGAAGAUGUUAAUGUUAAAUGUCACCCUGUACAAUGCUGGAGAUGAUGCCUAUCAAACUGCCCUCCAUAUCCAGCUCCCCAAAGGGCUUUAUUUCACAAAAAUUCUAGAGCAGGAAGAAGCCCAGAUACAUUGUGAAGUGUUGGAAAAAGGAAACCAAGGAGUCAAGCUGGACUGCAGUGUUGGACAUUUAUAUGUGGAUCACCUUUCAAAGAUGGAUUUUAGUUUUGUGUUGGAUGCAAGCUCACUUAGCAGGGCAGGAGAUGACCUGAGCAUCAGCGUUAAUACAACUUGUGAAAAUGAACUGGAUAAUGACCUACUGUUGGACAACAGCCUAAUUUUAACUUUGCCACAGAAGCAUGAGGUUGAACUGAAUGCUCAUGGGUCUGUGAUGCCAACUUCAUUUUUUUAUGGACCUGGGGAGGAAAGUUCACCAGUGACUUGCAUGAAGGAGACAAUCAACUUCACUUUCCAUGUCAGUAAUCCCGGAUUAAGUCUGGCUCCUGCUGUAGAUUUGAGGAUACAGAUACCCAAUUCUUUGGCACCAAGCGAGACCAGGCUGUUUAAUAUUCUGGAAGUCAAGUCAACUGCUGGACAAUGCCAAUACAGAAAUGAUGCAAGAGACUGUACUUUACCUGAGAAAAAUGAAACUAUAUUUCAAGAUUUCAUCACAUACUUUACAAAGCUUGAGAAGAGGUCAUUGUACUGCAUGAAAGAUGACCCAUUCUGUUUGCAAAUAUUAUGCAACCUUGGAGACAUGGAGAGUGGGAAAGAAGCAACUGUGGAUGUUACCCUGGAAGCAACUUCUGCACUGGUAGCUGUGGAAGACACUUCAUCACUUCAAUUUGAGGUAAAAGGAAAAGUGUCAGCACAUCAAGAUCCCAAAGUCAUUGAAGUAUUCAAGGACAAGCAGGUGACACAUGUCAUUCUGGAGGGAUUUCAUAAUCGAAAGACUAAAACUCCUGUUACAGUGCUAUUCAUUGGAAUAAGUUCAAUAAUUGGAAUUAUUUUGCUUUUGCUUCUUGCAUAUUUUUUAUGGAAGAUUGGUUUCUUUCAAAGAAAAUAUAAAGCGCUUGCACAAAAACAGGAUGAAAGUCAGAGCUUCAUAAAAAGUGAACAAAAUGAUAAAUGUGAAGAAUAAGUUUUUCUAUCUAACAAGGGAAGGAUCCAUUUUGUGAAAGGUACUGAUUGCAAGAAUGGACAAGUCAUAAGUCCUUUUCAGAAGAGAGAGUUAAUCUUAACUGGAUAUAUUUCACAGAAUCAAAGUCAGAGAAAGUCAAGUGAAAACAAGGAAACACUAGGAAAAAAACUACUCCUUGCUAAAAAAAAAAAAAAAUUUUUCAUGGGGUAUUAGCUGAAUCAUACUUGAAUUAAAGUACGUAAUUUCACUGCCCAGAAAUCAACUAAUAUAAUUAUAAAUGUGAUAAAAGAAAUGCAUUAUAAGCAAAUCUUGAGCCAUACCAAUAAAUAAUACAUUUGAUUCAUCCAAACCACACAGUAAAAACAUAUUUUUCUAUGUACCGGAGAAACUGGCAUUCCCUCAUAUACAGCUAUGUGAACAGAACACUGCUAAAUUAGGCAAAUUAUCCUAUGUUCUCUUUCCCCUUUCAUUGAAUUGGGGCCUGUGGCAGCAAUUAAUAAAGUUUGCCCAGGCAGAGAUGCAAACAAAUGCUUUUUUUUCUUGGGUUAGCCUGAAGCCAAAGCACAGCAGAGCAUCUGACUUUAAUGUUCCUCACUCCCAACUCACAUACACAUUAGGGGUGGGACGAAACCUGGUGAAAUCUGUCCCUCUGGCAUUUGCGGACUUCCUCUUGUGCCUGGCUCAGUCUCACAAGGUGAGCUGGGCUGAGAGGAAGUCCGUGAAUAUUCAUUGAACAAGGGCUGCACAGCAGGCAGCCGCCUUCUGUAUUGUGUACAGCUGCACUCUUAAGUGGACCAGAGUCUGAGGAGCUGAGCCCUGGGAAUCUGGAUUCCCGCCCUCAAAUGGAUCCCUCAAACUUUCCUAGGACACGUGAAGUUAAUCUUUGUACAUCAUCACAGCAUAUAGCAUAAAAGAUAUGCUAUAGGGAGCAUAUCUUUUAUGCUCCCUAUAAAAGGCAGGGAGUUGGAUCCUUUUUGCUCUGUGGACGCAAGGUGGUUCCAUUGCCAGAGGGGUGGUGCUUGCUGAAGGACCCCUUCCAUGAAGGAAAGGGCCGAAAGCAUUAUCCCCAUUUAGGCAUUCUUUUCCCCGUUGUGCCGCCUACUUCCCUCCACUGCAGUUCUUGUCAUUCUCCAUCUGUUCAGGGCAGUUAAUGCAUUGGGGAGCAUUUUUUUUAUCCUUGCAGGCUCACCAUGUAGUUCCAAACCCUGAAAAGCUUCUGAAAUUCACAUGGGAAAGCUGCGGAGGCUAACCCUCAACACAUGCAAGGCUAGUGUGGCUGUCGUUGCUAUGUUAACGAAACUUGCAGUGAAACAUUUAUGUAGCAUUUUUAGUUCCCAGCGGGCAGCUAACAGUCAUCAUUUGGGAUGCUGUAACUGGGUGUGCCAGAGCCACCUUCCAGCUUUUGGGGGAAAUGCAGUAGUCUAUUCCCCUCAUACAAUCAUUGUGUUUGGUUUGCACUGUUUUAACAGCUAGUGUAUAUAGAUAAAUCUGUGCUUACUUUAGAAUGAAAAUUUAGUACUCUUUAAAGAUUAAAGCCCAAGAAAGCACACAGUGUUGCACUUUAACCCAUGAACUUUUUUGAAUAGAAGCAGUUUGUGUUGUCAUUGCUGUGAGUUACAGCUCCAAAUGUUUAGCACUGAAAAUCAUCAAAUGUGGCAUGGACCUAUUUUUCUUAUGGAUCUAAAACCUGCCAAUCUUUACUUUAUAAACAAUGGUGAAGCAUUGCUGUAAGGAUCACGCAUAUAAUUUAAAUACAAAUGUUUUGAUUGCAUAUCUGUUAAAAUAACUCUGCUCCUUAAAAGAAAAAAACACUUAUCCAGAAUUCAUAUUCAAUAAAGAUUAACUUUAUUUUGUAUUUGACGUUUUGUUCAAAUUCUGCUAAAAUACUGUAUUACACUGAAAAGCACAUUUGAUAAAACUGAUUUUGUCUAGUCUAUUUUUCCUCUGAGGAUUCAGGUUGUUUCCAACAGUAUCCUGCCAGCAGAACAGAUACUGUUGGUAGAUCAAAUUUCUCACCAAAUUUGUUCUGAAGGAUUGUGGUGAUGGCGGGGGCUGCAGGGAGAAGGGGAAGGGAAAACUCACAUUGGGUUCUGCUUAGCCUUAAAGGCACAAGCAACAGUUAUGCUGUAAGAUGAAGUCCCCUUGCUUUAAAGGAAUGGAUUGAAACUGGUGUAAAUGUAAGAAUGACUCCUUGUUAAAAAUGUUUUCAUGAGGAAUAUACUGUGACUCAUCCUUCAAUUAAAGUUCAUGACCUCACUGUCCAAAAGACUAUUUCAAUGUUCUUAAAUAUCUCUUUUCUUAAAAGAAAAAAAAACACUUAUUAAGCAUGUGUUAGCGAUGUGCACAUUAAUUUAUAUUUCUGCAUCUGUAUCCCUAAGGAAUGAUCUCUGAAGAUGUGCUUGUGGGGCACAAGCAAAAGUUCACUGGAAGGAGAAGGGAAAGCAGGUGGAGUAAGUUCCAAGGGGAACCACAGUUACUCAAGUCUGGGAAACAUUGCCUUAGAUGGUAUUUGUGUGACUGCGAUGCAUUGCUUUUAUGAUCCUGGCUGCUGGAUAAAGUCUGGGCACCAACAAGAAAUGAAAAGGCAGACACAUAGCACUGGCUGGAUGUUAAAUGAUCUGCAACAGGACAAAUGAUCGCUCCUUUUAAUGGAAAAUGUGCUUACAAUCUGGGGAAACUAAACACUGGGUCUGAGGUGCAAUAAACUACUGUUUACCUCCA